GUUUUAUGACGUCAGGAAAGAAAGGACUCUUUCUACUUGUAAAAUGUAGUUGUUAAAGUAAUAUUUUUAGUUGUUACAUUUAAUGAGUCAGCGAUCAUACUGUUGGAGCAACAAAGCAUGUACAGAAGUGAGUUUUAUAGCUGUGCUGAAAUACUAAAAUGUCUGCUUCUUCUAAUUUGCUAUUCAAAGUUUGUAAGAUAAACAAAUUGAGCCAAAGGUUACAGAAACAGAUCACGCUUGUUCUCACUAUGUUUUGAGCUGAGUCAGAAAGCAUCACAUGAUCAGAACUAACGUUAGUUUUUUUAUAGGCUGUAAAGUUUUAGAGUUUUUUGAAGGAUACUUUAAAAAUGAUUAACACAUGCUCAGCUGUGCUGCUUUAGUUUUUGUUAAUCUCAUCUUUGAUUUAGAAUACUGUCUGUACUGGACAAACAUUUGGAAGUGCAUCAUUUGAAACAAUUUCAAACACAGCAGUCUGUGAGUCGUGUCACAGGAAGAGCAUGCACUCCAUGACCACACACAGUCAGCAGCUUGUGGGCAUUUGGAUGACUUUAUCAAAGUUCUUUGUGAAAAAUACAGAGCCCGCUCACGUUGACGUUGAGUCCUUCAACAAAAAAAUACAACAUUAAGCUCAACAAGGAAAUAAACUCUGCAAUAUUUACUGUGUUCUGGAUGAAGAAGCUCUGUUUGAGCUGCUUCUUUUCACCUGACAUGCAUCACAAAAUGAUCCUUUUAUUCACAGAGUCUCACGUUACGCAGUUUACUUUACCUGGACGAGGCGCACCUGUCCAGGUUCUUCUCACGCAGCCAGAUGUUGUCGCAUCUGUUGGAGAAAGAUGUGUAAACUUCUACAACUUUCAAACCCCCAAAAAGGUAAAGAAUACUUGACGUGCAACAAAGAGCCACUGAAGUAGAGCUCUAAUGUUGUGAUGACGUCUCCUCAGGAUCCYGUGGAGAAGACGCUGGUGUGGAAGAACUGCACCGACCAGGACUACAACGUGACAGUGGUCCAUCAGAGGGAAAAGGACGGGCUGGUGUUUGUGUGUGGGACGAACGGCAGGACCACACGGUGCUGUGACGUGAAAUUAUCAGAGCAGUCUCAUGAAUGUGUUCCCUCAGAGACACUGAAUAAAAUUCAAAGCACAAUCAGAGAAUUUGUCAUUAAGAGAGGUGAACACUCUGUCCUCACAGACUCUGGACAAAGUGAAGAUCUCUACGUCACGUACUCCGGAGCUCAUGAGCAUGUUGGACUCCACAGGUUUGGGAGUGGAAGAGUGAGGCCAGCGAACCACAACAAAGAGCAGCACUAUGCGGGCUUGGUGCUCAGCAGGAGGAAUAACAACUCGCAGAACAAGAUAUAUGCUUUUUAUAAGCAGAAAAACAAAGAAAUGGGGAUGGAUGGAGACAUGUGGCUCCCCUAUGUGAGCCAGGUUUGCAUGUCAGAUAUUGGCGGUCCCAAAAACAACCUGCAGUUCAGCUGGACGUCCCAGAUGAACGCCAGACUUUACUGUGGAAACCCAAACACCAAGCAGGAUUUCUCUGAGCUGGUGGACAUGGCCGAAGUUUGUUCAGACCGAUGGGAGGAAACAAAGGUUUAUGCUCUCUUCAGGAAUGAAUGGGACAUGAGUGCYGUCUGCGUCUACACAAUCGGAGACAUUAGCGACGUUUUUACGAACUCCAGAUUUAAAGGGUCCACAACAUACGAUGAGCAAGACCAACGCAGGAAAGAGUGUGUUCCUGACAGCACAAAGAUUUCUCCAGGAAUCCUGAUGAGGAUUAAAACAACAUCAGAGGUGGAGCAGCAGGUGCUGCCCAUGAACAAGUCUGGACCAAUUCUCUUUAAGCAUCACAGUUACACUCACAUCCAGGUUGAUGCUUCGCUGCAGACGGUGAAAGAUCAUCACGUUGUCAUGUUUUUAACUCUGAAUGAUGGAAGAAUACACAAAGCAGKGCAGAAUGGGAAUCAUUCAUUCGUCAUUGCAGAGUAUCAACCUUUUAACAUCAACGCCAACAUCCUCGGUGUCAUCCUCCACCACUCCUCUAAAAACCUAUAUGUGAACUCAAGAAGCGAGCUUGUCCAGCUCAGUGUGGCAAACUGCGCUCGGUAUGGAAACACCUGUGAAGAGUGUGUGCUGUCCAGAGAUCCUUACUGUCACUGGACCGGCACCAAGUGCACCGCUGGGACACGUGACUUUCUGGACAUGAACAGAGGGUACAAGGACAUCUGCUCAAGUCUGAUCAUCAAACAUAGGCUCGUCGGAAAUCCCAAAAAGAACCAGGAGUUGGUUUCUCCUCAGUCUAAGUACUUCCUGAGCUGCGCCACAUCAUCCCUGCACGCUCGGUACACCUGGGACCACCCUGGCGGCUCCACGUCCUGCGACUCGAAGGAUGGGAAGUGUGUUCUUCUCAUAGACAGCAUGGGCCCCGGUCAGGAGGGAAAGUAUGAGUGUAAGUCUGAGGAGAUGGGAUACAGCAAGGUCCUGCAGACACACUAUCUCCGGCUGAGCAGCGCCGCGGCGGGGUGGACCCCAGGACCAGCAGCCUGGGUUUGUUUGGUAGUGGUCCUGGUUCAGAGUUUCUAGUUUUCCUGGUGAAUUAGGCUUACAUGUAAAGCUGUUUGCUGAGACAUCUAAACACAUGAUUGGUUCAAUUCAAGUGCAAAAGCAUCAAAAUAGGCACUUCAGUUUUGUUAGAAGAAAUGAGCUGCUCUGCUAAAGUCGAGCUGUUUCAGUCACUUCUACUUUUCUGUCAACACCAACUGGUUCUGCUUUUAUCUCUGUUGUCUUGAUAUUUUAAAUCCACACGCCAAAUUCUGAUUAAUGUUUUUUUUGUGUAAAUUUCUGAGAAGCUAUUAGAAGUGACCAACAGCCACAUGCUUUUAUUUCUUGUUCUGUUUUUUUAUCUUGAUUUUGGUUUUACUUCUGGUCUCAUGAUUGAUGAGUGGACCAAAUACACCACAGGUGUUAUGUGAAGCAGAACUGAUGUGUGUUCGUGAAGUCUCACAUUCUUUGCAUAUUUCAGUCAGCUCAUAUGUUGCUCAGCUUUCUUUUGAAUGUAUCGAUAUGUUAAAAUAUUAGUUUAUUGUUCUUUGAGCUGAUUUAUUGUUUGAUACAUAUGUAAUUGUAACACCACAGGGAGCUUCACUGUGAACUCACUUAUUGAAGAAGUCAGCUUGGCAUGGAGUAGCCUGAGUUCAGAUUCUGCACCAUGCACAUAAAUCCUUUCCUGGAUUUCUAGCUGGUGGAGAGAUAAUCUGGUGAAAACUGUGAACAUGAUUCAAUGGAUGAAGGCAAUUGUAGUUUGGUACAGAAGAAAUAUUAACACAAGACUGAAUUUAAAGAGUAAUAAUGAGCCUCUCACAGACCAAAAAUAUGCAUGUUAGGAUAGUUGGUCGUUGUAAAUUGUCCCUUGAUGUGAGUGAGAAUGACUCUCCCUGUGGUGGACUUCAGAUCCGUCCAAGGUGAACUCCGGUUUUUUGAGCAGACUGCUGGAGAAAGGCAUCGACUCAAGACCCAGAAGAAAAAGAAAAAAGAGAAAGUGGGUACAAAGGAUGGAUGGGUUGCAGUUCUGCAUCGUCAUGAAGUCAAAAUCAUGUCAGACUGAAUUCAACCAUUUAUAUUUAAAGCACUUUUACUCAGCUACAAAAAAACAAUAACAGUGUAUAAAACACCCUAAUGAUGUGAUUGACAUAUUACUUUAGAACCACAACCUGUUGCAGACCAGUGUGUGUGUGUGU